AAAAGAAACGAAAGAAGGAUGAGAUGGAAGAACAACUGCACUGCCAUGAACAAACGGGAACGCAACGAGGACCACAUUCCGAACAUUGACGGAGAAGGAUGCUACAUAAGGCAGCUGCCGGCGCCUCCGUUAACCGAUCCGAGUCGCCGUUGGUCAGCCUGUUUGAGUCCCAACGAACGGGUGUUCUACCACCAGACGCUGAGUUCGGCACGGAGGGCUGCGAAGUUCGUUACCUUGGGCCCCAUCCCGCGUGACUCACUGGACAUUAACCUAGCUUCGCAGUACAACCAUUCGGAGGAGAUAUUCAAGGGAAAAAACGAUGUCGUCCUGCAGGAGGAAACCAUCGGGCAGGUCACCUUCCGUCGACUGCGCAACACCCGGGAUCUGAGUCCGGAGAAGAUUAUCCCCCUGAAGCACCCGCUGCAAAUCGGUGGCCUGCAGGAAAAGGCAUCGCCCAACAGCGUCAAGCUGAUGAACACAGGACCGCACACGCCACUGACGAAUCCGGGCUACUCGCGACAAACCGGUGAUGGAAACUUUUUCAACUACUAAAUUUACGAAUUUCGGAUUCAAUAAAAUUCACUAUUGUUUCUGGCGACUAAGACGUAAGGGGAAUUGUAUUACCAUUUAUUUCAUUCUUUUUUAUAUGCAUUGUGGCUUAUAAUUAAAAUUGUUUUAAUGAAGUAAAAUUAAAUUUGUGUCCGAUAAUUAGGUGAGAAAAAUUUUCAUUUUCAAAAGUUAAUCCAUUCAGACUUACCGUCUGUUGAAGUAAUGUAUUUGUUGCAUUCAAGAGUAGGGCUUCCGGGAGAUACCGUCGAUGAUGUUGGGUUUCCGUGUCAAGUUUGUUCGGAAUAGGCGAAGAUUGUUGUGGUGGGAGAUAGGGUCUUAUCUGAAAAUAUAAAACUAAUCUAUGUUUGGAUCUGGUCGGGAACAGAUGGCUGGAACUUAACGGUAAUGAUAUCAGUAACCUAGAAAGAGAAAUUCUCGAACUCGUGGUAUUCGACCCGGGCCUUGCCGAGUUUUCUGGACACAUACACCCUCCUUUCUCGCUCUCUGCAACAAAACAUUCCCCAACUUCUGCUCUUCCACGUGCGCUCAUUGGCACCUGAUCUCUAAACUCCGCUGUGUGCUGCCCCGGAAUAAAACCCCCGGCAAAAGAUCUGGCUCAGCUUCACAUUCAUGUGCUCUCUUUCUGUCUGUCUGCUCGCGUGUAUCUCGUGUGUGUCAGCAUCGCUCAUCGGUACAGACAUGCAAGAAUACUUUGGGAGCAAAUAAAUAAAAACAGAACACAAAAGUUGGGAAAAAGCCAACACUGAGCACUAGAAAAAGAAGGAAAAGAAAAGAAAGAGAGA